UUACCAAGUAUGUUGUAGUUAUUACUUUUUGUUUACAAUAGAAUCCAGUUUUCAAUUCUAGCAAUUUAAAUUAAUGAAAAUCUAACUUUACAUGAUCCAUACACCAAAAAAUUUAAAAGAUCAUUAUAGUGUUGCAAAAUUGUUUACAGAGUGAAAUUCGUGUGUUGAGAAAUACCUAACAUUUCAUCGAAAUGAGUUCUAAGGUUCUUAAUAAUAACAUCCAGGAUGUAGACUUGGAUCCGGCAACGUCGAAACUCAUGUUGCAACCAAAAGACUUGGUUAAACUGUUGGACUUGUUGGAUGAAGAGAAUGCCAACACACCAUUAGAGACUUUGUCAAACCAACUGCAUUCAGCAUUUCCAGCGUGUAAACGCUUUAAAAUAGGCGUGACCUUACUAUUGCUGUUGCAGAAUGUUGACCUGAUGCCGAGAGAAUUACAGCGAGCAGCUACAAUCGCAAUGCUCUUUGAUCUGUAUAAAGGCGAGCCCUUGGCAUCAACACCAUUUGCACCAGUAUUUGUUCAAAUUUUAAGGACUCCUGAUGAGAAUGUAGAAAAGGCUUAUUUUUUCUCACGUUGUGAAAAGUAUUUGGUAGCAAGUUUAAUGAAUCCAAUGACAUACAGGGAGACUAUGAAAAAAACACCCAGGCAACUUCUUCAAGAGUUAUACCAUUUGAACACUCCACCACAAUGUGAUUUAACCGAGUUAAAAAUGCAAUUAGCUGAGCAUCAAUCCGAAAUGCCUGCAACCGCAAAGUGUGGUACAUCAGUCGUAUUAUCUGAAGGUACCAGAAUUGGAACAACUAAUCUAAACGAAGACUCAAAAAGUAUAGGCAAAAAUAUUUUGACGUCUCUUGUCAUUGGACCAACGCCGCCGUUUUCCCAAACUUAUAAGCCCGAAUUUUUAAGGCUUGUACCUCCUAUACAUAGAUCCACUAUUGAUGAAGUGCCAUGGAUGAACAUGUCUGAGCCAAAUCAUUUUAAAUUAGAAUAUGACACAAGUAUGUGUGCAUCAAACUGUGUUGGCGCUGAAGCUAAAAGACUUAUGACAAAAGCUUACAAAGGUUGUCUAAGUAUAUCACAACAGCAGUAUCUUGUAAAUGCUCUGCAAAAAGAUUCCAAGCUUGUUUACCACAUAGGUUUGACUCCACAAAAACUACCAGAGCUUGUCGAAAAUAAUCCACUAAUUGCCAUUGAAGUUUUGUUAAAAUUAAUGCAAUCAAACCAAAUAACAGAAUAUUUUAGUGUGCUUGUAAAUAUGGAAAUGUCACUUCAUUCAAUGGAAGUUGUGAACCGACUAACGACUACAGUUGAUCUUCCUAAAGAAUUUGUACACCUCUACAUUAGCAAUUGUAUUUCGACGUGUGAAACUAUUAAAGACCGUUACAUGCAAAAUCGAUUGGUUCGAUUGGUGUGUGUAUUCCUGCAGUCUUUGAUCAGAAAUAAGAUCAUCGACGUUCGAGAAUUAUUCAUUGAAGUACAAGCAUUUUGUAUUGAGUUUAGUAGGAUAAGAGAAGCAGCUGCACUGUUUCGUCUUCUAAAACAGCUUGAAUCAGGUGAAUUAAAUUCAACAAACUUAAAUUCAACUACUCCAUCAAAAAGCAAAUCUGAAAUAAGUUAGGAGGCUGUUUUUACCUUUUAUUUUAAGUAAAAAUGCCGCAAGUCAUUUUGUAUCCGAGUGUAUAUUUAGAUAUGAAUUUAUUUUUAAGAAAGACAUAAUUGUAUAUAAUUUUUUUGUCACAUGAAAAAAAGCUUAGUUUAGUUCUUCCAACCGAUUAUAGUCGUACUAGUAUUCAAUCUUUAACUAAUUUUUCGAAGAUUUGAACAAAAUUUUGAUAUUUAUUUAUUUUAACAAUUCAUUUAAUUUUUAAAACAUAAAUGUGAUGAUGUUAUCUUCAUAAAUUCUGAACCAGUUAAGACAUUUUCGAAAAAUCUUUAAAAAAUUUAUUGAAAAAUAGUUUUAAAAACUUGGAAUGCAUAUUUUUUUCCUGAUGUGG